CUGGGAUGGAGUAUUGAUUAUAUCAGAUACUGGGUGAUUAUUGAUGAGGCCAGAGGCCGUGCGAGAGUAUUGAUUAUAUCAGAGACUGGGUGAGAAGCGAUGAAUAUAUCAGACAUAGGGGGGGGGGGAGGAUAUUGACAAAGGGUGAGCUGCAUUGAUGAUGAGACACUGGGUGAGAUGCAAUGACUCUCUCAGACACAGGGGUUGAGCACAAUUCCUGCUAGAAUCCGGCAUGGAUUUGGCCCGGACGUUGAAGUGACUGAAUCAUCGCCCAUCCAGUUCGCGGUUCUAUCAACCUUGUGAACAAGUCUCAGAAACGUCCAGCUCAAGCAUGAGGCUGUGCUAGCUGGAAGUCAGAUGGGUAGCAAUGGAAUUAUGGAUUCUACAAUCCAGGUUGUCUUCUGAUACAAAAAGGGGCGACCGGAGGUGAGACGUGGGCACGAUGCCCCCAGGAAUACAUUACCACCAGGACUUCUGGAGUGAGGACGAGAAUCGGGAAGUGGAGGUUGAAUUUCUGCUUCCCACCGGCAUUUACUUGAACUUCUGCGUGCCGAGUAGUUCUUCAAUCAAGGUCAUCAAAGCGUUGCUAUGGCAGCAGGCUCAGCAGCAGCCUCUGUUCCACACACUCAGUGAACCAGAGGCCUAUGUGUUCACGUGCGUCAACCACACAGCGGAGCAGGAGGAGCUGGAGGAUGAGUGUCGGAGACUGUGUGACGUGCGGCCAUUCCUCCCUAUCCUCAAGCUGGUGGCCCGCGAGGGUGACCGGGCCGAGAAGCACGUCAACUCCCAGAUCAGCCUCCUCAUUGGCAAAGGCCUGCAUGAGUUUGACAGCGUUCCCGACUCGGAGGUGAACGAGUUCCGCGGGAGCAUCCGUCAGUUCUGUGAGGAGAGGGCAGCGGAGAGGCAGCGCAGGUCAUGGCUGGACUGGAUGGAGUACAACUUCCCCAGGGAGCUGGAGCCCACCUCUGAAGCAAUGAACAACUGCUUCCCCCUGAAGCUGAAUGGCCGCAACAUCGUCAUCAAUGUCAAGUUCCAGUACACUGAAGAGAGUUUCAGCUUCCAAAUCUCCUCGCAAGCCCCCCCUGCUCACCUGAUGAAGUUGGUGGUGAAGAAAAAAGCUACCGUGUUUCGGCAUAAAGCGGUUGAAGACGCGGACAAUUACACCCUGCAGGUCAACGGGACAGAAGAAUAUAUCUACGGCAAAUACCCCCUCGGCCGAUUCAAGUACAUCUUUACGUGUUUGUCCAAUAACCAAAUGCCACACUUGACAAUGGUCCAUAAUUCCACGAUAAAGUCCUACCAAGAGCAACAGUCCAACGGCAUUGGGCAACUCACAAAGAGCCGGACACAUUCCAAGCCACCACCGCUUCCCGUUAAAAAGCAGUCGAGUGUGACUCUCUGGGACCUGGAUAAGCCGUUUACAAUCGGCAUACAAUCGGGGAGCAAGGUGAACGCGGACGAAGGCAUGAAGCUGGUUGUCCAAGCUGGCUUGUUUCAUGGGAGUGAGAUGCUCUGCAAAAUGGUUUCCAGCCAAGAGGUCAACGUGAGCUCCGAGCCUGUGUGGAAUCAGGACCUGGAGUUUGACAUCAACUGCUGCGACCUUCCGAGGAUGUCGCGCCUCUGUUUUGCGCUGUACGCGGUGAUUGAAAAGGCCAAAAAAGCUCGGUCGACAAAGAAGAAAUCUAAAAAAGCCGAUUGCCCGAUAGCAUGGGUGAACACCAUGGUGUUUGAUUACAAGGACCAGCUGAAGACGGGCGGAGUUUGGUUACACACGUGGCCGUCGGUGCCCGAUGACAAAGGCGAGCUGCUGAACCCGAUGGGCACGGUGCAGGGCAACCCCAACACCGACGGCACCGCCGCCCUGUACAUCCACUUCCAGACUGUCGUCAACCACCCCAUCUACUACCCCUCCAUUGAAAGGAUUCUCGAACUGGGUCGGCAUGGAGAACGAGUCAAAGCAACCCAGUCAGAGCACUACCAGCUGAAGGAGAUCAUGGAACGUAAGGUAUGCACGGAGUUCUUCGAAGAUGAGAAAGAUCUCGUGUGGAAGCUGAGGUACGAGGUCCGUGACCAUUUCCACGAGGCGCUUGGAAAGCUGCUGUCAGUGGCCAAGUGGAACAAGCAUGAAGAUGUUGCUCAGGUGAUUUACCUCCUGCAGUCGUGGAAAGAGCUGCCGGCACUGAACGCCCUGGAGCUCCUGGACUACACCUUCCCCAGCCGUUACGUCCGCUCGCUGGCGAUAGAAUGCCUGAGGAAGCUGAGUGAUGAAGAACUCUUCCAGUAUCUCCUGCAACUGGUUCAAGUGUUGAAGUACGAACCCUACCUGAAUGCCGACCUAACUAAGUUCUUGUUGGAGAGAGCUUUGACCAACAAAAAAAUUGGGCACUUCUUGUUCUGGCACCUCAGGUCAGAGGUGCACCUCCCCGCAGUGUCACUGCGAUUUGGAUUAAUCCUGGAGGCGUACUGCCGAGGAACCAACUACCACAUGAAGUCCCUGUUGAAGCAGUGCGAAGCGUUAAAGAAAAUGAAAGCCCUGAACGACUUUGUGAAGUCCAGCUCCCAGAAGACGACCAAAGUAAAAACGAAGGAAGCCUUGCACAUGUACAUGAAGCAGGAGACGUGCAUGGAGUCUCUCUCCAACUUCUACUCUCCUCUAAUUCCCAGCAACUUCCUCAUGGAACUCUGGGUGGAGAAAUGCAAGUUUAUGGACUCCAAGAUGAAGCCUCUGUGGAUUGUUCACAAGAAUCCAGACGGAAGUCAAAUUGGUAUCAUUUUCAAGAAUGGAGAUGAUCUUCGCCAGGACAUGUUGGUAAUACAGAUGAUUCAGCUGAUGGAUGUUCUGUGGAAGAAACAGGGUCUGGACUACCGGAUGAUUCCUUACGGCUGUCUGUCGACGGGGGAUAAAACGGGAGUGAUCGAGGUGGUCCCACAAUCGGAGACUAUCGCCAAUAUCCAGCUCAAUAAAAGCAACAUGGCGGCCACCGCAGCUUUCAACAAAGAUGCUCUCCUGAACUGGCUGAAGUCAAAGAACCCAGGGGAAGCGCUGGAACGAGCCAUCGAGGAGUUCACCCUCUCGUGCGCCGGCUACUGCGUGGCCACGUACGUGCUGGGAAUCGGGGACCGACACAGCGACAACAUCAUGAUCAAGGAGAACGGACAGCUCUUCCACAUUGAUUUCGGACACUUCCUGGGAAACUUUAAGAGCAAGUUUGGCAUCAACAGGGAGCGGGUCCCUUUCAUUUUAACCCAUGACUUUGUCCACGUGAUCCAGCAAGGAAAGACCAACAACAGCGAGAAGUUUGAAAGAUUCCGGAAGCAUUGUGAACAGGCCUACAUGAUUCUGCGACGGCACUGCCCUCUCUUCAUUAAUCUCUUUGCACUGAUGCAGGCAGCCGGCCUUCCUGAGCUCAGCUGCUCCAAGGACAUCCAAUAUCUCAAGGAUUCUCUGGCUCUGGGCAAGACAGAGGACGAGGCCAUGAGACAAUUCAAGAUGAAGUUUGACGAGGCUCUGCGAGAGAGCUGGAAGACCAAAGUGAACUGGAUGGCCCACAAUGUGGCCAAGGACAACCGCUCCUAGCCCCAUGACCGGCUCUGCCUCGGCCCAACGCACGGGAGCAGAGCUCCGCCAGGCACCGUGACCGCUAGCAUCCGGCCGGGACAGAACUAGUCGGCCAGCGACCGGCAGAUACACAGACGCCUGCAGAAUGCAAAACUUUUUCCCAAUGUUUUUGACGAACUUUGAUAGAUGUUUACAAAGUGACUGCGGCUGCCCAAUUCUGAGGUCUUGGGUACAGAGCUGGCACUGAAAACCCAGCCCCCCAGCGGUACCCACCCCCCAGCGGUACCCACCCCCAGCGGUACCCACCCCCCAGCGGUACCCACCUAUUGUAUCAGACUUUUCCCUCAAUGCCCGAGUGGAGCCAGUGCUGCCAGGGAUAGGCCACGUGGACAACCCUUGGAUGAACACAAAGCAACUCACCAAGGUCUGGUAACAUCUCUGGAGAGAGAAAGCCCUGGCGAUGACUCCCGCUCUCCUCCAGUUUCCCCACUUUAAAGAGAAGGUUUUCUUGACGGUGGCGGUCAAAGAUAUCCAGAGUCCAGUCAGACGGAGCGUUGGUGUCUUCCAGAGCUGUGCGCGGGGCUUUACCCAGGCUCCGUCCGAAGGUGCGGCCGUCUGCUUCCGUGAAGCAACUCAGCCGGGACUAGACUCGCCUUCACUCCUCGUCAAAGCUUGUGGCCAAACAUCAGCCAGUCUCACCCCCCCGGGCUCCUCGAACGAUCGAUCCCCAGUGGAUGCCAGCACCCUGACCUGCCUGGGUCAACAGGCAGGGGGACCGGUGGCGUAGACCGAGACAUAUUGCCAAGACAAGCCUCCCUCCAGUACUCCUAUCCCAAGAGACAGUUUCAUUGUGGAAGGAGGAACAUGUGUUUUGGUUUACGCCUGGUUGAAGAUGGAUGGUUUUGAGUUGUGGGAGGGGAAGGACUACUGGUUGCUGCGGAUGCACAAGGAGAGGUGAAGAUGAAUGGUUUAGGGUACUGAACAAAUUAAACAAGCGUUGUUGCUGAGAGGUACAACGUGGUCAACACCCUUGUGGAGAAGGUUGCCCAAGAUCCCCCACCCCAUCCAUGCAAAGAGGACGAGGUUGUACUGAAUCUUGUGGCGCAGCGGGCAGAGUUGCUGUCUCGCGGCGCCAGAGACCCGGGUUCGAUCCUGACCUGGGCCUCUGUCCGUGAGGGU